CACUACGUUUUCUUUCUUGUGGGGAUAUACUUUCCUUUCCUAUCCUUUUUAUCAUCUCUUUCUUUCUGCAACGCAGCACCUUUGCCUCCAAUCAUAUUAAGAAACCAUUCGUUGGACUUUCUUCUUCUCUUGUACAAAGUUUCCAUUAAAAGCUUCGAAUCUUCCACCACCUGGUGUUUCUCUGGCAUCAAUUCCUAUUCUCCAGGUCCGGGUUGCAGGAAACAGUUGGGACCAUAGAGAAUUAGAGAUUCAAAGCUCGUGAACUUAUUAAAGAAAAUCUGAAGGGAAAGGGAGGAGAGAAAUUAAGAAGAUGUCUUCUCCAAGCAAGAGAAGAGAUAUGGAUGUCAUGAAACUGAUGAUGACAGAUUAUAAGGUGGAGACGAUUCAAGACUCAGUGAGCGAGUUCUUUGUUGAGUUCAAGGGUCCCGCCAACAGUUUGUACAGCGGAGGAGUUUGGAGUGUAAGAGUUUUGCUUCCAGAUGCUUACCCUUACAAGUCUCCAUCCAUUGGCUUCGUCAAUAGUAUCUACCAUCCCAACAUUGAUGAGAAAUCUGGAUCGGUCUGUCUCGAUGUUAUCAACCAGACAUGGAGCCCUAUGUUCGAUCUUGUAAACAUUUUCGAGGUGUUUCUUCCUCAGCUAUUGCUCUACCCAAAUCCAUCUGACCCUCUAAAUGGUGAAGCAGCAGCCAUGAUGAUGAGGGAUCCUGAAGCUUAUGAGCGAAAAGUAAAAGAACACUGUGAGCGGUAUGCCAAGGCAGAUGACAUCCAAGGUCAGCAAGAAGCAAGUGAUGAUGAUGAUGAUGAUGAUGAUGUAGAUAUGAGCAGUGACGAUGAAAUGGAUGUUGAAGGCAUUUGAUUUGACUAUAACUACCUCUUUGUAAAUAAAAUUUGUAAACAAUUGUGUGAUUAACCUGCUUAGUCAAAACUUUAUAAUAUAAGAAUUUCUGUAUUCUCAACCAAAA